GCCCAUGAGCACCCCUAUCCCCAACAUUUAAAGCAAAUGACACAGCAAAAGAAUCUCUGGAAGUUUAGGGCAGACCUCUUCCCCUUCACGCUUCUUCACUUCUGCCUCUCUUCAAGUGUUUGUGUAAAUUGUGGUCUGCCAUCAACGGAAAACGAACAUCACCGAUUUGCGUCGGCUAUUGUCGUCACCAAUCUUCAUGGCCCGUCUGUGUCGGCUAUCUUACUCGCCAGUCUUCAUCGGCUGUCUUCCCACCGAUGUAAAUCUCUUCCCUUCCAUUCUAUACACGAAUCAAUGGAUUGUGGGAAAAAUGACCAACAGUAAAGGAACACUAGUUAUUGGCUACAAUUCAUCGGAACAUACACCGGCAACAGAAUUAAUUGGCAGCAAUGUAGAUAUUCUAACAGAGAUCCUUACCUGUGUGCCAGCAAAGUUUGUCAUCAGAUUCAAGUGCGUGUCUAAGGAUUGGUUCUCCCUAAUCUCCAAUUCACCAUUUUCUCGCAACCACGCUAACCAACAUCCCAGUGCCUUGUUCUCAGGACUAUUCAUCAACCCUGUUACAUCAUUUGACGAUGAAAAAGUCAAGUCUGUCUCACUUCACGGCCAACACCAAAGUCUUCCGACUUCGUCACUUCUUGAUGGUGUUGGAUAUGGGUCUGGUACAUGUAGGAUUGAAGACUCUUGCAAAGGCUUACUAUUAUGCUUGAAUGGCCCAACGUGUUUCAUUGUUUGUAACCCGACCACCUAGAAAUACAC